CAAUAUUUUUGGGCUCUUUCCGUUUGCCUUAUGAAGAAAUAAAAAAUAUAAUUUUAGAGGUUGAUGAAGAGAAGCUAAGUGAAUCCUUGAUUCAGAAUUUAGUGAAGAAUCUUCCUGAGCAGAAAGAACUCAAUGCCUUAGCCGAAUUAAAGGAUGAAUAUAAUGAUCUUGCUGAGCCAGAACAAUUUGGAGUUGUGAUGAGUUCAGUGAAAAUGUUGCGGUCACGUCUCGAUGGGAUCCUUUUCAAGCUUAUGUUUGAAGAGCACGUAAACAAUAUCAAACCUGACAUUAUGGCGGUUACACUGGCUUGUGAAGAGCUGAAGAAGAGUGAAAGCUUUAGUAAGCUUUUAGAGUUAGUGCUAUUCCUUGGAAACUACAUGAACUCUGGCUCCAGAAACGCACAGUCACUUGGUUUUAACAUCAGUUUUCUUUGCAAGAUUCGAGAUACUAAAUCAUCAGAUCAGAAAACAACCCUAUUGCAUUUUCUGGCAGAAAUCUGUGAGGAGAAUUACCGGGACAUCUUAAAAUUUCCAGAUGAAUUGCAGCAUGUUGAGAGUGCAAGUAAAGUUUCAGCCCAGACUCUGAAGAGCAACCUUGAGUCAAUGAACCGUCAGAUCCAGCGCCUAGAAAAUGACAUUCGGAAUUUCCCUAAAACGCAAGAUGAACAUGAUAAGUUUGUAGAAAAGAUGAGCAUAUCCUUUUUGUGUGUCUUCAUUGGUGAUCGGAACAUUCUGAUCAUCUGGUUAA